UGCAAAGUCAUUGCACUAAACACCACUUAAAUAAAUUUAUUAUAAGAUUAACCAAUUUCAUUUAAAUAUAAAUCCCUUUCAUAAACCAUGAUCCAUAAAAAUGAGACCACCAAACUAACCUUAUUAUUAUUAUUUUUAAAAAUCUCAUCUUAUAUUCUAUGAAUUCAAUUCAACCAUAAGUUGAAAAAAAUGAAUAAAUACAAAACAAGAAUUACUUGUAUUAGAGCAAAAACCUCUGACUAUAAACUCUGCCAAAUUAGUACUGAAUUUUAAACAAAUUCCACCUUUGUUUUCUUCCUCUUGUCUCAUUAUAUUUCCCCCUUUCUCUCUCCUCAUUUCUCCCCCUUCUUAUUUUGAAUCCCCUCUUCACUCCCCCAAACCAAACCUCCCUCCAUUUCUCCAUUUUCUCCCAAAAAAAAAAAAAGAGAAAAAGAAAACCCAUCAUUUUAAUUUAAAGCUUCUGUAAUUCCUCAUCAAUGGCGGUAACAUUGAGCAGAGGAAGAAGCGAGCAACUUCAUCUCCAGAAAAUCAAAGAAAAACAAGAAGAUUACAUAAAUGAUCAACAAAAUCAGCUGAAAAAAGCAAGUGUAGUUCCAGUAGUUUAUUAUCUUUCCAGAAAUGGUCAGCUUGAACAUCCUCAUUUCAUGGAGGUUCCUCUCUCUUCUUCUCAUGGUCUUUUUCUCAGUGACGUCAUUCAUCGCCUUUAUCUUCUUCGUGGUAAAUCCAUGCCUUCUCGCUACUCCUGGUCCUCCAAACGGAGCUACAAAAGUGGAUAUGUAUGGCAUGAUUUGGCGGAGAAUGAUUUCAUACAUCCAGUUCACGGAGGAGAGUAUGUUCUCAAAGGUUCCGAGAUUCUAGUCGAAAAUACAAUUUCUUCGCCGACUGCAUCCAAAUCAUCUGAAACGACGUCGUCAUCUUCAAGCGCGAAGAAUACUCCGGCAGCCGGAGAUUCUGAUUUUCCGGCGGUGAGGAAUCGCCGGCGGAAUCAGUCUUGGGGAGCGAUUGACUUGCACGAGUACAAAGUGUAUAAGACUGAGUCAACCCACGAGUUCGCCGGAAAAGCAGCGGCUGACGCGUCAACUCAGACUGACGAGAAACGACGUCGUCGGAAGGCGGUCGUUAUAAAGGAAGAACCCGAGGAAGAAAAAGCCGAGGAAAUACAACAGAGUACGGAGUUGAGUAGGGAUGAGAUUUCACCACCACCGUCGGAUUCAAGUCCGGAGACAUUAGAGUUGUUGAUGAAAGCUGACGGUAGAUUAUUACUAGGUUCAUCAUCGUCGUCAUCAGCUUCAUUACAAGCUGCUAAUCAAGGUGAUCAUAGUAAUAAUCAGACGAUUGGGAGUUGUCCAAGUGGCAGAAUGAAAGCGUCUACUGUUUUGAUGAGCUUGAUUUCAUGUGGAUCGAUAUCGUUUAAAGACUGCGGGGCGGUCGCGGUGAAAGACAACGGGUUUUCAUUGGUGUCUCAUUAUAAGACGAGGGUACCACGUGGCACAUUAGUCGAGGACGGGGGUAAUGAGAUGAUGAUGGUGGAGAUGGAGAAUAAUGUGAGUAGUAAGUUUGCGAAAAUGGCGUUGGAAGAUAAAGAGUAUUUUAGCGGGAGUUUAAUCGAGACUACGAGUAAGAAACAAGAGCUUCCUACUAUGCUUAAACGAUCUUCUUCUUACAAUGCUGAUAGGAGUGUGCAUAUGAAGUUGGAGGAAAAAGAAGUGGAAGGAGUUAGAGCAAAAUGCAUACCGAGGAAACCAAAAACUCAAACAAGUACUAGUAAGAAAGAAUGUCACACGGAUUCUACUCGUGCUACCAUCAACAAUACUUGUCAAGAGCGAAAUUAAUGUUAAGCGCCUUGGUCACUACUGAUUCCAUAAUGUGACUUAUUAGGAUUUCUUAUAUCAGUUAUAUGUAAUGUGAUUUCCUCUUGUCUAACCUACAAGACUAUUAUAUUUAUUAGUGGUAAAUUAUAUCAUUAGGAAGAAUGAUGGAAAUUAACGAGUUAGAAGGUUGAAAAAUCAAGGGGACAAAUGUUCAUACGCCGUGACUAGUACGGUGGAUAACGUACAUUAACAUUGUAGGAAUUUCUGUAGUAGACUAGUAGUAGCAACUGAAGUGGUAAUUUUGGGAAUUCGGGAAAGCUUUUGCAUUUUAGAAAUGUGCAUGAAAAAAAAAAAACCAUGAAAGCUCCUUUUUCA